AUGCAAAGAAUAUUAGAAGAGUAUAACAGCUUUUUUUUAAAUCCUGAUCCUUCUUUUGAGGUUAGAAUCGCCAAUAAUAACUACUAUUUAUGAAAUUGUGUACUUAAAGGACCUCCAGGAUCUCUUUAUGAAGGUGGACGUUUUCGUUUUACGCUGAACAUUCCUAGCAAUUAUCCUAAUACACCCCCUUCAAUUAUUUUUCAGAACAAACCUUUUCAUUGCGACAUUAGAGAAAAUGGAUAUGUCUGCUGAGAACUGCAAGCAAAAUGAAGUCCUUCUUGGCGUAUUAGAGGUAUUUUUGGCUGCUUGAUAGGACUACUUUUUAAUCCAGUUCCACACCCAGGAGAUCGUUAUGAGCCAGACCUCCUCUAUUGCACAAAUCGUCCAAGAUAUGAGCAAAGAGCAAGAGAGAUAACUAAUCUUAAUAGAUCCUAA